AUGGGCAGGUUCGGCGUCACGCGCCUCACGCUGGCACCGCCGGCGCUGCUGGCCAUCGUGCGCACCGCCGAGGAAGCGGACGCGGGCGCUGCCGCCCACGUGGCCACGCUCUUGGCGGUGAACUGCGGCGGCGCGCCCCUCGCGGCUGACCUCAUUGCGCGCUUCUCGCGCACUUUACCUGGCGUAGGCGUUACCCAGGUGAGAAUUGGUCUUCGUGUUCUUACUCGACCCAUGCCAGAUCAGCUACCUAAAAUCUACAGGAACCUGGGGGAGAACUUCAAUGAGAGAGUUCUGCCUUCAAUCAUUCAUGAAACACUCAAAGCUGUGGUUGCUCAAUACAAUGCCAGUCAGCUGAUCGCACAGAGAGAGGCUGUGAGCAGGGAGAUUAGGAAGAUUCUGACUGAGAGGGCCAACAACUUCAAUAUCGCUCUCGAUGAUGUGUCCAUCACAAGCCUCAGCUUUGGAAAAGAGUUUACUCAUGCCAUUGAAGCCAAACAGGUUGCUGCACAAGAAGCUGAGCGUGCCAAGUUCAUUGUUGAGAAGGCCGAGCAGGACAAGCGCAGUGCAAUCAUCAGGGCACAGGGUGAGGCUAAGAGUGCUGAGCUGAUUGGUCAAGCCAUUGCGAACAACCCCGCUUUCCUAGCUCUGAGACAGAUUGAAGCUGCCAGGGAGAUCUCCCACACCAUGGCGGCCUCAAGCAACAAGGUGUUCCUUGAUUCCAGGGACCUUUUGCUUGGACUCCAGCAACUGAACGUGGGGGCAAACAAAAGUGAAGUGAUCGUCCAGCCCAGUCCCACGCCACCGUGGACGAGAGUAGUUUAA